UCGUAUCUGCGAUUUUUAUCUCUGAGCAUUGUCCCCAUUUAUUUACCGUAGUCUUUUUCUAUUUUCCUGAUGCUGUAAGCCUCCUCUCGGUUUAUUCCAGGGUUUUUUUUAUUUAUUGAAUGGAUGGAGAAUGGAGCCGGUUUUUAUCGUCAACUCUUGGUUGUUGACGGUGAUUUUCUUGUUCGUGACAUUGAAUACAGGUCAAGUUAACUCAGUCGAGUACAAGAAAGUAGGAGAUGAAGUCGUCCUGAGUCCAGGCUCUGAGGCUUCACCCAUCAGCAGGAUCACAUGGAAACAUAACUCAAACCUGGCUGUGAAGUGGUAUGAAGGAGGCACGAUUGACUACUUCUCGAGUUUUAAAGGUCGCUGUGAACUGAACACCACAACUGGAGAGCUGAUCAUCCCAAAACCAAUACUGGAGGACAGCGGCAGCUACAGAGUAGAGAUCAACAACAGAGUCCUGGACACAACUGAAAUCAAGUUUAUCUCUGGCGUCCCUAAACCAGCUGUGUCAGAAAACUGUGAUGCUGAAAAGACCCACUGUGUUCUGACCUGUGAAGGCAUCACUACAGACUCUGAACCAGUCACCUACACCUGGUGGUCAGGUGACGUGACGAAGAGUCAAACCAAGCAGCUCAUAAUAACAAAGAACGAUACGGAGCCUUCGUUUACCUGUGAGUUAGAAAACCCAGUCAGCUCUGAACGCAGCAGAGAAGUCCUCAACCCUUUCACCUCCUCCUCCAUCACAGGGAAUAACAGUAACGGUCUGAAUUGGUUAUUCCUACCGCUGGGUCUGGGUCCGGGUGUGGUUUUGGUUCUGGCGGCUGUUGGUGUCAUCAUAUACAAAUGCAAACACAAAGCAGCAGAAACAUCACAGGUCUCUCCUCUCAGUGUAGCUGAGACACAAACGUUGCUUCAUGAUAGCAACGGUGUAGUCCAAGUAUUAACCACUCUAGACCACAUCAAUGAAACAGAGAAUAAACCAUUGCUUCCUGGUAACAACAGUGAAGUCCAACCAUCAUCAUCCAGUCCAGGAACCGUUAAUGAAACAGGUGAGUAACCUUGACAACACAUAUGUGGUGAUUGUGAGCUACAUGGACACUUCUUCCUCAGCUAAACAAACGUGUUGCAGCUCCAUCACAUUUAUCUCCAGUUUUCAACUGAUGAUUGAAGCUGAACCCAUUUAACAUCCUAGACUGUAACAAUAUUUGCUUUUUAUAAGUUGAUGCAUCAACGGAGUCAGAAGACGACAGAACUCCUCCUCAUCCUGGGGAGAGAUUCAACUGAAUAGGAUGUUUUUAUGAAGAUUUAAAAGUUUAAACUUAUUUCUUUGU